UAAAAUUAAGUCUAAAAUAUUUAACAUAGUUAAUAUAUAUAUAUAUAUAAUUACUUACUAAAUAAACAAGUAAACCAAUGUUUAUAUAUAGAUGUAGGAGGAUCUGUUUGGGAAGUAAGAAGCCCCUUUGACAUCUCUUCAUUUACAAAUAAAUCUCCGUGUGAAAACACAGAGACAAAGGGCUGAUCUUUAAAUAAGAAAAAGAGUGGAUCUGCAGGAUCCCAAAUGAAUUGGCUUAUUCGAAAAAAGCCUUGUUCUUUGGAGGAUCUAUCUUGUGCCUGGUACUACAUGGUUCCACUCUGCAAGAACGCCGAAUCAUUCUCUUGAAGCUCAUCCUUUUCAUCAUAAAUGAUCCGCUUGCCCCGAAAUGGCCCGGCCCAUAGGGAAAUCCUAAUUCAUUGGGCCUUUCGAUACAAUCAAAUAGAAAGCCCCAAGGGCGCAUAUCCUAGGAGCCCAAACUAUGUGAUUGAAUAAAUCCUCCUCUAUCUGUUACGGGUCGAAUACUCCUUCAAACUCUAAUUCGUAUUUUUCAUAGAGAUUUCUCAUCAACGAUAGAACAAGAUCCAUUUUGCAUAAUAUAUAAGGGAUUCCCCUCAUCUUUGUUUGUUUUUUUUAUUUUGUGAAUUACUAUAACAAGGCAAAACCCGAACAAUCAACGCGACUAGUACGAUUCGAACCUAGAUCACACUUGGUGCAAUAAUCAUUCUUAACUAUUAGGCCAUCACAUGGAGUUCAAUUGAUUCAUCUUUUUGAAUAUUUUCUCGUAUUACGUAAAUAUAAAGUUUGAUUAAAUUGGUAUUUUAAUUCCACAAACUAGGAAAUACAAUACAUGAUGAAUUAAAAUAUUCCUAUGAUUUUGUUUUAUUUAAACAUUGAACUCAACUACAUCAAAACCUACAAAAUUCCAAACUACAUUCUCAAACAAACAGAUAAUACAUAAACGAGCGACCUUUCUUAUGGGAUAAAAAGAUGCUAUUGAGAAAUGAAUAUUUUGUAAAGGUAGAAUUAAAAUACUCAGUUUUAAGUCUUGUGGAUAAAAAAAAACAAUAUUUAUAUAAUUUUGGUUUUGGGUUUGAGAUUCAACUUGAUUCUACUUUAAACUUAAAUGUAACUACAAGCUAAUAAAAAACAUCAAGAAUUGAAUUUGGAUAGAAAAUCCAAUGACUACAAGACAACAGAAAACCUCACGAGUUUGAGAUGACUCCACUCUGAAAAUCUAAAAAUAUCCGAGUCAUGCUAAAUUGAUGGAAUUCUUUAUUGCAAAAAGAAUAAAAUAAAUAAAAAUUGAUGGUUGACUGGGGUUUUUCUUAUUUAGUUCAUAACUUGAUCUGCAAAAAAUUGGAGAUACCACCAUUAAUGGAGCUCAUCAAUGAAACUAAACUUUACAACCCAUUGUUUCUCUCUCUCAUCCUCUUUAUUUUCUCCUUUUUACUUUGGCUUAAACUAUCAAAACACAAAUUACAGAAUUUGCCUCCUUCUCCCCCAAAGUUACCAAUCAUUGGCCACCUUCAUAAACUUGUGAAACUCCCCCACCGAUCCCUUCGAGACCUUUCACUAAAAUAUGGGUCCUUAAUGUUUCUUAAUUUAGGUCAAAAUCCAACCCUAGUUGUAUCAUCAGCUGACUCCUUGAAAGAAAUGGCGAAAAACUAUGAUGUUGUUUUCAUGAACAAGCCAAACACCACUGCUGCAAAUAUCUUGUUUUAUGGGUGCAAAGAUUUGGGGUUUUCACCGUAUGGAGAUUAUUGGAGACAAGUUAGGAAACUUUGUGUUCUUGAGUUACUAAGUGCUCGAAGAGUUCAAUCGUUUCAGUUCGUAAGAGAAGAAGAAGUUGAUGCUAUAAUAAGGAAACUCCAUGAGGCUGCAGUUAAUGGUGAUGUUGUUGAUUUAACCAAGAUGUUAAUGGCGGUCUCGAGUAACAUUGUUUCCCGAUGUGUUAUUAGUCGUAAAGCUGAAGACGAUAAUGGCGGAAUUCAUUUUGGAGAGUUAACGAGGAGGGUUAUGGUUCUUUUCACCACCUUGUGUUUUGGUGAUUUUUGGCCGUCUUUGAAAUGGUUGGAUUAUGUAACUGGGUUUAUUUCACGAUUGAAAUCAACUUUUUGGGAAUUGGAUUUGUUUUUUGAUCAGGUAAUUGAUGAACAUAAGGAAAAGGAAGCCAUUGAUGAAACGAAAGACUUCCUUUCUAUCAUUUUGCAACUUCAAAAAGAUGGCUUGGAUCUCACUCAAGACAACAUCAAAGCAAUCUUACUGGACAUGUUUGCUGGAGGAACUGAAACAACAUCCACAACAGCAGAAUGGGCAAUGUCCGAAUUGUUGAAAAAACCAGACGUGUUGAAAAAAGUUGAACAAGAUGUACGAAAAGUGGCGAAAAACAAACAGAAAAUCGAAUUAAACGACCUAAAUCAAAUGAAAUACUUGAAAUGUGUGAUCAAAGAAACAUUAAGGCUUCAUCCCCCAGUUGUUUUCUUGGUCCGUCGAGGAACAUCGGAAGCCGUUAAACUAGGAAAUUACGACAUUCCACCCAACACUACAGUUUUCAUCAAUGUGUGGGCGAUUCAAAGGGACCCGAUAUGGUGGGAAAACCCCGAAGAGUUCACCCCGGAAAGAUUUGAGAACUCCAGGGUUGAUUUUAAGGGUCAAGAUUUUCAGUUCAUCCCGUUCGGGUGCGGGAGAAGGGAUUGUCCUGGGAUGCCAUUUGCGAUUGCAUCGCUUGAAUAUUUGGUUGCAAAUCUUUUGCUUAGGUUUGAUUGGAAGUUGGGUGAUGGUGAAACUUCGGAGACUUUGGAUUUGAUUGAAAACUAUGGGCUUACUGUUAAUAAGAAAGUUCCUCUUCGUGUUAUGCCCACCAUAUUUCAUCCAUCUACUUAGCCAUUUUUCAUCUCAUCUCUUUUCUCUGCUUUUGUUUUAUCUUCUUCGUUACAACACAACUACUUUUCUAUCCCAUGCCAUAUUUCAUGUAGAUUUCGACUUCAUUAAAAACAAUUCACCUUUUCUAAUUGAAUCGAGUUUUAUUCA